GGGAAGACAAGAAGGUUGUCCAGCAAUAGGAAAACAAGUUGCUCGCAAGUCGUUCCUCUUUAAAGACUACUUCAGUCGGCGUGUCAGUCAGUCCAGGCAGCGGCUGUGGGAGGAGCUCCUCGGGAGGAGGCUGGCGAAGCUCAGAGAGCCAGGGAAUGGAGCGGAGAAGAGCGCGUACAUGAGCGAAGAGGAGGUAGGCGCCGGGAGAGCGAGCGAGGCUGAGCAACGAAACUCCAUCUCCGCCUUAGCAGCAGCAGAAGCAGGAGCCGCCGCCGCCGCCGCCGCUAUUGCUGCCAAACCAGCGAACGCUUCGCCGGUGUGUAGGAAGAGGGCUUCUGCAACAGAAGAAGGCAGGCGAGAGCAACGGGAGGCAGAUAAAGCUAGCCCCCCAAACUGCUUAAGCGCGCAAGUUCGUCUCUCUUAUUUCCCCGCCGAACUCUUAAGGAAUGAAAGCUUUUCAGACAGAUCUCGUCCUCCUCUGCUUCUUCCUCUUCAGUCAAGAAGUAAAUCUGACAGACUUUAUGGAGCUAUUAUACCUGCAGAACUUGGUCUCCCAAAGAGAGGAUGCUGUCUGGUCUUUGGGUUCAUGUUCAAGGAUAAGUACCGGCGAAUGACUGAAGGCCCAGCAUCUUCUUUCACCCAGCAACCUCAGGACCAGGUAGUGAUUGCCGGGCAGCCUGUGACCCUGCUGUGUGCUAUCCCAGAGUACAACGGAAUUGUGCUGUGGAUUAAAGAUGGACUUGCUCUCGGUGUAGGCCGGGAUCUCUCAAGUUACCCGCGCUACUUGGUUGUGGGGGACCAUCUGUCAGGGGAGCAUCACCUGAAGAUCCUGAGAGCAGAUCUCCAAGAUGAUGCACUGUAUGAGUGCCAGGCCAUUCAAGCAGCCAUCCGUUCCAGACCAGCCCGGCUGACCGUUCUCGUGCCUCCAGAUGAUCCCAUAAUUAUCGGAGGGCCCGUCAUUAGUCUGCGAGCUGGAGAUCCUCUGAAUCUGACCUGCCAUGCGGACAAUGCUAAACCAGCAGCAUCCAUUAUUUGGAUGAGGAGAGGAGAAGUAAUAAAUGGAGCAACCUAUUCCAAGACAGUGCUUCGUGACGGCAAGAGAGAGAGCAUUAUGAGCACACUCUUUGUCUCCCCAUCCGACAUUGAGAACGGCCAGACCAUCGUCUGCCGAGCCACCAACAAGGCCAUUCCCAAUGGAAAGGAGACCUCUGUCACCAUUGACAUUCAACAUCCACCUCUCGUCAAUCUGUCAGUUGAACCUCAGCCUGUCCUUGAAGACAACACCGUAAAGUUUCACUGCUCUGCUAAGGCCAACCCUGCAGUUAUCCAGUACAGGUGGGCCAAAAAGGGACACAUUAUAAAGGAAGCAUCGGGGGACUCUUACGAGACCAUUGUUGACCAUACCUAUUUUUUUGAACCAAUCUCUUGCGAGGUGACCAAUGCUUUAGGCAGCACAAACAUCAGCAGGACAGUCGAUGUCUAUUUUGGACCACGCAUGAUGACGGAACCACAGUCCCUCCUUGUUGACCUUGGAUCGGACGCUGUAUUUAACUGUGCUUGGAUCGGAAACCCGUCACUGACCAUCGUCUGGAUGAAGCGGGGCUCAGGCGUGGUCCUGAGCAACGAGAACACACUAACACUAAAGAGCGUGCGCCAAGAGGAUGCUGGGAAAUACGUGUGCCGAGCCGUAGUUCCUCGUGUGGGUGCAGGAGAACGGGAAGUAUCUCUGACUGUCAAUGGACCACCUAUAAUCUCCAGCACCCAGACGCAGCACGCUCUUCAUGGGGAGAAAGGCCAGAUCAAAUGCUUCAUCCGUAGCACUCCCCCACCAGACCGAAUUGCCUGGUCCUGGAAGGAGAACGUCCUGGAGUCAGGUACCUCAGGGCGUUACACGGUAGAGACCGUCAGCACAGAUGAAGGCGUAAUCUCCACAUUAACCAUCAGCAACAUCGUGCGGGCUGACUUCCAGACCAUUUACAACUGCACUGCCUGGAACAGUUUUGGUUCAGACACCGAGAUCAUACGCCUGAAAGAACAAGGUACGGAAAUGAAAUCAGGAGCUGGUAUGGAAGCAGAGUCAGUGCCAAUGGCAGUCAUCAUAGGCGUGGCAGUUGGAGCUGGUGUGGCGUUUUUGGUGUUGAUGGCCACCAUUGUGGCCUUCUGCUGUGCUCGCUCGCAGAGAAAUCUGAAAGGUGUGGUUUCUGCCAAGAACGAUAUCCGCGUUGAGAUUGUUCACAAGGAGUCCGCCUCGGGCAGAGAAACAGAGGAGCACCCGACGAUCAAGCAGCUGAUGAUGGACAGGAGCGAGUUCCAGCAGGAUUCGGUUCUCAAGCAGCUGGAAGUGCUCAAGGAGGAAGAGAAGGAGUUUCAGAAUUUGAAGGAUCCCACUAAUGGUUAUUACAGUGUGAACACCUUCAAGGACCACCACUCCACUCCCACCAUCUCCCUCUCAGGCUGCCAGCCGGACCUGAGACCAGCCAACAAGCAGCGUGUGCCUACGGGCAUGUCCUUCACCAACAUCUACACGACCCUGAGCGGGCAGAACCGCCUCUACGACUACAGCCAGCGCUUCGUCUUGGGCAUGGGCAGCUCCAUCGAGCUGUGCGAGCGGGAAUUCCAGCGGGGCUCCAUGAGCGACAGCAGCUCCUUCCUGGACACGCAGUGCGACAGCAGCGUCAGCAGCAGCGGCAAGCAGGACGGCUACGUACAGUUCGACAAGGCCAGCAAGGCCUCGGCCUCCUCUUCCCACCACUCCCAGUCCUCCUCUCAAAACUCAGACCCCUCCCGGCCCCUGCAGAGGAGAAUGCAGACCCAUGUGUGAGAAGGAUGGGACUGGGACAUGGAAGCGGUGGUGGGGAGGAGGAGGGGAGGAGGAAGAGGAGCAGCAGGCUGGGACGCUGGAAGAAGGCAAGGUCCU